AUGGAUUUUGAGCUAGUCAAACCGUCCAUUCCGAUCGUUAGUGGUCGCGCUAGCCAGGAUUCUGUUGUCGGACAAGAGCUUCGCCUAGAUCCAGGUUCACCAGGUCUGUUAGGUGACACUGCUUCCAUACACUCUGGUGCGCCUCGGUCACCCCUGGCUGCGAACGAACAGGCCUCAGGGGGUGCCACAGACACGCAGGCUGCUGCGGACGCUCAUCGCCAACGGGAAGUCCGAUGGAUGGCCCUCAUGCCGACGGUUCCACCUUCGCAAGCGAGGAAGAACAAGAAAGUUAAGCGACUUCUCCAGGACGGUGUCCCAUCUUCUCUGCGCUACCUCGUUUGGUGCCAUCUUACAGAUAGCAAAGCCCGUGCUCUUCCUGGGGUGUACAAUAAACUAGGCAAGCGACCUCGUGUCCCUGCAUUUACGGAGAUCGAAAACGAUUCAGUGAGAUGCUUCCCCGACCAACCCCAGCUACACAACACACAUGGUCCCAUUGUGUCUCUGCUGCAGGCCUAUUUGAGUAUGGUUCCCGAUAUACAGUAUAGCUCAGCAUUAACUUCCAUUGUGGGACACCUAUUGCUCCUGGCACCAGAAGAGGAUGCUUUUUGGAUAUUUGCCUCUAUAAUGGAUGCCCACCUCCGGUCAUACUUUUCAACGAGUACGAUUCAAAUAGAAGUCGACGCUGCAUUGCUGAGUAAAGCCGUGGAGGUCAACGAUCCAGCUGUUCACAAGAAGUUAUAUGUGUCACUCCAGAUGGCUCCGGCAAGCAUCACUCGGCCGUGGUUCUCUGGUCUGUUCGUCGGAACGUUGCCCGUAGAUCACCUUCAUCGGAUCUGGGACAUUUUCUUGUAUGAAGGCAUGCCAUUUUUGUUCCGAGUUGGUCUCGCUGUUAUACACUGUGUGCGCCACCUUCUUCUGCAAGCUACCUCCGAGGAAAGCGCACUGGAAAACCUGUCCUGCCCACCGCUCGCGUGUCUGCCUUCUUCUGCAGAUGAAAUUUUGUCUCUUUGCUUUAGCAUGAAGCUGAGAGAUGACGACGUGCGAAAGCAACGUGUCAAGAUGGAAGCACAGGUCAAAAGACAGGCCCAGGCGCGCACGCACCCUACUAAUGGCAUGCCCAACCGACAGACGACCUCUAUUUCACUUCCGAGGCCAUAA